AAAUAUCUUUAUUUCUCACAAAUAUCAAAUAAUCAUUAUCCUUAUACAGUAUAACAACAAUUUUUCAUUAAUACUGUCAAAAAUGAAUAUUUUUAUAAUAACAAUCACUAUGCACGUUGAUUCAUUCUCCUUGAAUGGACAUAUUGAAAUCACUAACAUACAAAUGCCUGAAUCUUUAAAAUUAAAGAGUCCCGCCAGUAAAAAUCUAGUCCUUUAUACUACUAAAUUGUAUUGCAAAGGUCAUUCAAUUGUAAUAAAGAAAAUUCUAAUACUUAGUUACAAUUGUGAAGAAAAGAAGCAGAUACGAUUUAUUCGAUUUUAAAAUGAUGUCCACUAGCAUACAAGGAGGAACCAUGGGAUCGGCAGGUCACCCUUAAAUAUACCCUUGGUCUAUAUUUUACAUAUGACAGUAUUUACAAAUGGCAUUUAAAUACGGCUACUUAGGCGGG